AUGCGCUUCCACGUCCCGGUCUUCGCUGUUGUGCUCGCCAGCGCCACAGCAGCCACUCUCAACGAUGUCUGCACGCCGUCGUAUGUACGGGCUCAUCUCCCGCCACCUGGCUUCUACCAAGGUGUGAGUCUUGAUCCGUCGUCAGUAACCGCGAAUCCGGUGACCCAAGUCAGCGUCGCGGACAACAACUUCUACCCGGAUGCCACCUUCGACUACUGCAACGUCAGCUUCACAUAUUCCCAUGACGGGCUGGAGGAUCAAGUGGCUCUGACGUACUGGCUACCCGCACCUGGCAGAUUCCAGAAUCGCUUCCUGGCCACGGGCGGAGGCGGCUAUGCCAUCAAUUCGGGCAACCAGUCACUGCCCGGGGGCAUCAUCCAUGGCGCUGUGUCCGGAUUGACUGACGCCGGGUUUGGCGCCGCGCAGAGCAACACCAUCACACAGUGGCUGGAUGCCAAUGGCACGCUCAACUGGCACAAGGUCCAUAUGUUUGGCUACCAGGGGAUUCGAGAGAUGAGCGAGCUGGGCAAGGCGUUCACCAAAUCGUUCUUCAACAUGACGCAGACGGACACGACCCUGUAUACGUACUGGCAGGGCUGUUCCGAGGGUGGUCGAGAGGGCUGGAGCCAGGUGCAGCGAUACGAAGACUCCUUCGAUGGUGCGAUCGUCGGCGCGCCCGCGUUUCGGUGGUCGUUCCAGCAGACCCAGCUCCUGUAUCCGAACGUGGUCGAGCAGACCAUGGACUACUACCCGUCGCCGUGCGAGUUGCAGAAGAUCGUCAAUGAGACCAUCAUCAACUGCGACCCGCUCGAUGGGAAGACGGAUGGCGUGGUCGCGCGGACGGAUCUGUGCUACACGCAAUACGUCGAGGCCGACAACUUCUCCACCAUGGCCGGGCAGCCGUAUUCCUGUCCGGCCACGCCGGCCAUUGCUGGCUCACCUGCAAUCCCUGCGCAGCGGGGGAACGUGACGAAGCAAGCCGUUGCCGUGGCGAAGAAAAUCCUCGAAGGCCUGCACGACACCCAGGGUCGACGCGUGUACUUCGCCCCGACGCCGGGAGCGCAGAUGACGGAAGCGCAGACCGGCUACAACGUCACGACACAGCAAUGGGGUCUCUCGAUUAUCAGUCUGGGCGGUGUCUUUGUCGAGGUGGAGAUCAACCUGCGGAAUGGCUCGAACCUGCCCAACCUCGACAGCGUGACCUACGACACGUUGAGGGACUGGAUCACCGAGGGUAUGCAGCGGUUCCAAGGCGUGCUGGAAACCACCUGGCCCGACCUGACGCCGUACCGGGACGCCGGCGGCAAGGUGCUCAUGUUCCACGGCGAGGCCGACUGGGGGAUCCCCACGGCGUCGUCGGUCCGGUACUGGGAGUCGGUCCGCAAGAUCAUGAACCCGGGUCAGAGCUACAACGACUCGGCCGCGGCGCAGAACGAGUUCUUCAAGCUGUUUCUCGUACCCGGCGCGACGCACUGCGCAGCGAACCCGGCGCAGCCGGACGGUCCGUUCCCGCAGACCAACUUGGCCGUGAUGAUCGACUGGGUCGAGCAUGGGAUCGCGCCGCAGACGCUCAAUGCGACGGUCCUGCUGGGCGAGAAUAAGGGCCGGAAUCAACAGAUCUGUGCGUGGCCCCUACGGCCGGUGUGGCGAGGGAACAAUGCCACGAGUCCAGAGUGCCGCUUCGACCAGCAGAGUGUCGAUUAUUGGAAUUACGAUCUUGAUGCUUUCAAGGUGCCCAUAUAUUAA